GGUGAGCCCACCUGUUUUUGUCAUGCAAAUGAGUUGGAAGAUGAUAAAACGUCAUCGCAACCAGUCCAGCUUCUUUUGGUUCGUUCACAACAGGACGGGGAGACGCCACCAGACCUUGUUUUUUGCACCUGGACGGACGAUUUUAAGACACAUGAUGCUGCGAGUGGAGGGUCUGAUAGCCGCGGUCUUCACGCCGGUUAAGGAGAACGGCGCCCUUAACCUGGACGUCAUAGACCGGUACGUCGACCACCUGGUGUCCCAGGGUGUGCUGAACGUCUUUGUCGGCGGCAGCUCCGGCGAAGGUGCAAGCUUCUCGCUGGCCGAGAGGAAACAGCUGACCGAGAAGUGGGUGACGGCCGGAAGCGGAAAGCUGCAGAACGUGAUCGUCCACGUGGGCGGCGUCAGCAUCCCCGACUCCCAGGACCUCGCCAGACAUGCCGAGAGUGUCGGGGUGCAGGGGAUCAGCACUCUCCCCACUGUGGUCUUCAAACCCAAAAAUGCUGCUAUGGUGGCCGAGCACCUGAAGAUGCUGUAUGAUGCUGCUCCCAACACUGCCCUACUCUACUACCACCUGCCUGAUUACACAGGGGUAAACAUAAAGAUAGAGGACAUGGUCAAUGCUGUGGAAAAGCUGGGAGUGCCAACCUUCAGCGGUGUCAAGUUCACUGGGGGUGACCUGAGGGACUUACGCCGUAGCAUCAAGCUGUUCGGUGACAAGUACGUGUUCGCGUACGGCUGCGACGAACAGAUGCUCUGCGUCCUCCCUCUCGGCUGCAAGACCUUCAUCGGGAGCACGUACAACUACGCCGGACGUCUGUACAACAAGCUCAUCGACGCGUACAAAAACGGAGACAUGGAAACGGCGCUCAAGCUUCUUGACAAAUCCCAGUCUCUCGUGGGAGUCCUGUUCGCUCACAGCUUUGACGCUGGGAUCAACAAACAGGUGAUGAGCCUGGUGUCGGGAAUCGACAUGGGACCUCCCCGCCACCCCAUUGUCUAUCGCUCAGCUGCCGAGAUGAAACAAGUGCGCGGCGAGCUGGAGGAAGGUGGCUUCUUCAACGGGAUUUAUUAGUGAGCUGUCCUGUGCAGACAGAAGUAACUCCAAACGUAGCGACUUCUCAUGACUGAUCCAUGUUCCUCUAAUAGCUUUUGAGACAUUUACUAGGACAGAACAACCCACAUGCUGCUAACAUAGUAACUGUUGUUAACAUGUAACGUUACCUGAACUAUUCUCAUCUGAACAGUUGUAUUCAAUGGCAAGAAAAGGAAUGGGAACGUACACUACACAUUCACACUAUCACAAAUGGAGACUGAAAUUUGGAUACUACUAGUAUGUUAGACAGUGUGAGAGCCACCAACUUGAUGUUAACAUCACUGUCUGUCAGCAAGACUUGGUUAGUUGGUUGGUAGGUUGGUUGGUGCAAGUUGUACCACCAUAUAUAUAUGUAUUAGUAAAAAUGGUUAAACUAUUUAUUUCAUUAUGAUUGUAUACUUGUGUUUAUUUCACCUGGGUAGCCCCUUCCUUGAUAUUUCCUAGCACAUAAGGGCAUGUACCAGUAGCUGUAAUAAAAAUGGAAAGAGAAAUCAAGAAUUCACCAUACCAAAGAUAUACAUGAAUAUAAAUAAAUGUAAAAUUUAAGUGAGGUAUGAUGCUUUCUAAAAAGAACAUGUGUGUGCAAUGACAUAAUUAUCAUUCUUAACUUCUCAUUGAAGGAAAAUUAUGGAUAUUAGUGUCCUCAAUAUAAAGAGUGCCAACAUGUCAGAUAAUCUCUCUUAAUGAUGUUGUCAUAGAUUUCGAUAUUUGUUGCAGAUUGUGUAAGUGCAUUAAUCUGACAUAUCUGUUGUUACUAUUAUUCAGUAAGUUGUCAUUAUAAGUUAAUUGUCCAAAAUACAUAGAAAUGUCAAAGUAAUACUGAUGCAGGAAUUCUGGCAAUAAUCAGUGGAGAUACAGAACCCUUCAAGUGUUACAUUCACAUAUAAGUUCUGUGGAAUAAAAGACAAAUGCUUUCUUCUCA